CUGCCCAUUUUCCUCGCAGCAGUCAGUUGGGAGCUGGAGGGAGGGAGGGAGAGGCAGCUAGCGAGAAACCGGAGAGGAGAGGAGCGCCCUCCGCCCAAGGCGUCCUCCUUCGGUCCGCGCACAGGCGCUGUCGCUUGGGGCAGCAAGGUGCCUCCCAGCCCGCAAGGGCGCAGCGCACCAGCCUGCAGUCUCUUCGGUGGUUCUGCCCCGGGACUGCACCUGGAGGCCGCCCCAGACGGGGAUGGUAAGCGGCUGCCGCCGUCUGGCACGCCAGAGGGACGCGGUGAGGGCACCAUGGCGCUGACGCCCCAGAGGGGGUCCUCCGCGGGGCUGGUUCGGCCUGAGCUCUGGCUGCUGCUGUGGGUAGCUGCGUGGCGCCUGGGUGCCACGGCGUGCCCCGCCCUCUGCACCUGCACCGGCACCACGGUGGAUUGUCACGGCACUGGGCUGCAGGCCAUACCCAAGAACAUCCCGCGGAACACCGAGCGCCUGGAACUUAAUGGCAACAACAUCACUCGGAUUCAUAAGAACGACUUUGCAGGGCUCAAGCAGCUGCGGGUGCUGCAGCUGAUGGAGAACCAGAUUGGAGUGGUGGAACGAGGGGCUUUUGAUGACAUGAAGGAGCUGGAGCGGCUACGACUGAACCGGAACCAGCUGCACACGUUACCAGAACUGCUGUUCCAGAAUAACCAGGCUCUCUCGAGGCUGGACCUGAGUGAGAACACCAUCCAGGCCAUCCCCAGAAAGGCUUUUCGUGGAGCUACAGACCUCAAAAAUUUACAGCUGGACAAGAACCAGAUCAGCUGCAUCGAGGAAGGGGCCUUCCGAGCUCUGCGGGGGCUGGAGGUGCUGACCCUGAACAAUAACAACAUCACCACCGUCCCCGUGUCCAGCUUCAACCACAUGCCCAAACUUCGGACCUUCCGCCUGCACUCCAACCACCUGUUCUGUGACUGCCACCUGGCCUGGCUGUCACAGUGGCUGAGGCAGCGGCCAACCAUCGGGCUCUUCACCCAGUGCUCCGGCCCCGCAGGCCUACGCGGCCUCAACGUGGCCGAGGUCCAGAAGAGUGAGUUCAGCUGUUCAGGCCAGGGGGAGGCAGGGCGAGUGCCCUCUUGUACCCUCUCCUCCGGCUCCUGCCCGGCCAUGUGCACCUGCAGCAACGGCAUUGUGGACUGUCGUGGCAAAGGCCUCACCGCCAUCCCUGCCAACCUGCCCGAGAUCAUGACGGAGAUUCGCCUGGAGCUCAACGGGAUCAAGUCCAUCCCCCCAGGAGCCUUCUCCCCGUACAGAAAGCUUCGGAGGAUAGACCUGAGCAACAACCAGAUAGCAGAGAUCGCGCCUGAUGCUUUCCAGGGCCUCCGCUCCCUGAACUCGCUGGUCCUCUAUGGGAACAAGAUCACAGACCUCCCCCGGGGUGUGUUUGGAGGCCUGUACACGCUACAGCUCCUGCUCUUGAAUGCCAACAAGAUCAACUGCAUCCGGCCCGAUGCCUUCCAGGACCUACAGAACCUCUCACUUCUCUCCCUGUACGACAACAAGAUCCAGAGUCUCGCCAAGGGCACUUUCACCUCCCUGCGGGCCAUCCAGACCCUGCAUCUGGCCCAGAACCCUUUCAUCUGUGACUGUAACCUUAAGUGGCUGGCGGACUUCCUGCGCACCAACCCCAUUGAGACCAGCGGGGCCCGCUGUGCCAGCCCCCGGCGCCUCGCCAACAAGCGCAUCGGGCAGAUCAAGAGCAAGAAGUUCCGGUGUUCAGCCAAAGAGCAGUACUUCAUUCCAGGCACGGAGGAUUACCAGCUGAACAGCGAAUGCAACAGUGACGUUGUCUGUCCCCACAAGUGCCGCUGUGAGGCCAGCGUGGUGGAGUGCUCCAGCCUGAAGCUCACCAAGAUCCCCGAUCGCAUCCCCCAGUCCACGGCCGAGCUACGAUUAAACAACAAUGAGAUAUCCAUCCUGGAGGCCACGGGGAUGUUUAAAAAACUCACCCACCUGAAGAAAAUCAACCUGAGCAACAACAAGGUGUCAGAAAUUGAAGACGGGGCCUUUGAGGGCGCAGCUUCUGUGAGCGAGCUGCAUCUGACCGCCAACCAGCUGGAAUCCAUCCGGAGUGGCAUGUUCCGGGGCCUGGAUGGCUUGAGGACCCUGAUGCUGAGGAACAACCGCAUCAGCUGCAUCCACAACGACAGCUUCACGGGCCUGCGCAAUGUCCGUCUCCUCUCGCUGUACGACAACCAGAUCGCCACCAUCUCCCCCGGGGCCUUUGACACCCUGCAGGCCCUCUCCACACUAAACCUCCUGGCCAACCCUUUCAACUGCAACUGCCAGCUGGCCUGGCUGGGCGACUGGCUGCGGAAAAGGAAGAUAGUCACGGGGAACCCUCGAUGCCAAAACCCAGACUUCCUGCGGCAGAUCCCCCUGCAGGACGUGGCCUUCCCUGACUUCAGGUGUGAGGAAGGCCAGGAGGAGGGGGGCUGCCUGCCCCGCCCGCAGUGCCCCCAGGAAUGCGCCUGCCUGGACACUGUGGUCCGAUGCAGCAACAAGCACCUCCAGGCCCUGCCCAAGGGUAUCCCCAAGAAUGUCACAGAACUCUACCUGGAUGGGAACCAGUUCACCCUGGUUCCGGGACAGCUGUCCACCUUCAAAUACCUACAGCUUGUGGACCUAAGUAACAACAAGAUCAGUUCUUUAAGCAACUCCUCCUUCACCAACAUGAGCCAGCUGACCACUCUGAUCCUCAGCUACAACGCCCUCCAGUGCAUCCCUCCUCUGGUCUUCCAGGGGCUGCGUUCCCUACGCCUGCUGUCCCUGCAUGGCAAUGACAUCUCCACCCUCCCAGAGGGCAUCUUUGCAGACGUGACAUCCUUGUCUCACCUGGCCAUCGGUGCAAACCCCCUGUACUGUGACUGCCACCUCCGCUGGCUAUCUGGCUGGGUGAAGACAGGCUACAAGGAACCGGGCAUUGCCCGUUGCGCUGGGCCCCCAGACAUGGAGGGCAAGCUGCUCCUUACCACUCCUGCCAAGAAGUUUGAAUGCCAAGGUCCUCCCACCCUGGCUGUCCAGGCCAAAUGUGAUCCCUGCUUGUCCAGCCCGUGCCAGAACCAGGGCACCUGCCAUAACGACCCCCUUGAGGUAUACAGGUGUGCCUGCCCCAGUGGCUAUAAGGGCCGAGACUGUGAGGUGUCCCUGGACAGCUGUUCCAGUAGCCCCUGUGGAAAUGGCGGAAGCUGCCAGGCACAGGAAGGCAAGGAGGCCAACUUCACGUGCUCCUGUCCCACCGGCUUUGAAGGACCUACCUGUUGGGUGAACACAGACGACUGUGUGGAGCAUGCGUGUGCCAAUGGGGGCACCUGUGUGGAUGGUGUGGGCAACUACACCUGCCAGUGCCCCCUGCAGUAUGCAGGAAGGGCCUGUGAGCAGCUGGUGGACUUCUGUUCUCCAGAUUUGAACCCGUGUCAGCACGAGGCCCAGUGUGUGGGUACCCCGGAUGGGCCCAGGUGUGAGUGUGCACCAGGUUAUACAGGUGACAACUGCAGUGAGAAGCAGGAUGAGUGCAGAGAUCACCGCUGCCAGAAUGGGGCCCAGUGCGUGGAUGAAGUCAACAGCUACUCCUGCCUCUGUGCUGAGGGCUACAGUGGGCAGCUCUGUGAGACCCCUGCCCACCCCCCUGCCCCCAGGAGCCCUUGUGAGGGGACCGAGUGCCAGAACGGGGCCAACUGUGUGGACCAGGGCAGCCGGCCCGUGUGCCAGUGCCUCCCGGGCUUUGGUGGCCCCGAGUGUGAGAAGUUGCUCAGUGUCAACUUUGUGGACCGGGACACUUACCUGCAGUUCACUGACCUGCAGAACUGGCCGAGGGCCAACAUCACGCUGCAGGUCUCAACGGCAGAGGACAAUGGGAUCCUGCUGUACAACGGGGACAAUGACCACAUCGCAGUGGAGCUGUACCAGGGCCACGUGCGUGUCAGCUACGACCCGGGCAGUUACCCCAGCUCUGCCAUCUACAGUGCUGAGACGAUCAAUGACGGGCAGUUCCACACUGUUGAGCUGGUCACCUUUGACCAGAUGGUGAAUCUUUCCAUCGAUGGCGGCAGUCCCAUGACCAUGGACAACUUCGGCAAACACUACACACUAAACAGCGAGGCCCCCCUCUAUGUGGGAGGGAUGCCAGUGGAUGUGAACUCGGCUGCCUUCCGCCUGUGGCAGAUCCUCAAUGGCACCAGUUUCCACGGUUGCAUCCGAAACCUGUACAUCAACAAUGAGCUGCAGGACUUCACUAAGACGAGGAUGAAGCCAGGCGUGGUGCCAGGCUGCGAGCCCUGCCGGAAGCUCUACUGCCUGCAUGGCAUCUGCCAGCCCAACGCCACCCCGGGGCCCGUGUGCCAUUGUGAGGCCGGCUGGGGGGGCCUGCACUGCGACCAGCCAGCGGAUGGCCCCUGCCAUGGCCACAAGUGUGUCCACGGGAAAUGUGUGCCCCUCGAUGCUCUUUCCUACAGCUGCCAGUGCCAGGAUGGGUACUCGGGGGCCCUGUGCAACCAGGCCGGGGUACCUGCAGACCCGUGUGUGGGCCUGCAGUGCCUGCAUGGCCACUGCCAGGCCUUGGCCACCAAGGGGGCACACUGUGUGUGUGAUCCUGGCUUUUCGGGCGAGCUAUGUGAGCAAGAGUCCGAGUGCCGGGGGGACCCUGUCCGGGACUUUCACCAGGUCCAGAGGGGCUAUGCCAUCUGCCAGACCACGCGACCACUGUCGUGGGUGGAGUGCCGGGGCUCGUGCCCGGGCCAGGGCUGCUGCCAGGGCCUGCGGCUGAAGCGGAGGAAGCUCGCCUUUGAGUGCAGCGACGGGACCUCCUUUGCGGAGGAGGUGGAGAAGCCCACCAAGUGCGGCUGUGCCCUCUGCGCGUAGCGCCCAGCGCCGGCGGGAGGGGGGAGGGCCAGUGGGGGGCACGGCCACGGGGAGACCUGGGCUGGGGUCGAGCCAUCACCAGGGUGGCUCCUGGGUGGCUGGACCCUCUCCGGUGGGCCGGGCCGACCUCCCAGGAGCUGGGCAGCCUUUCUUGAGCCAACCGCUGGCAGCUGGGGGCUGAGCAGGUGGGUGAGGCCUGGCUGCAGACCGCCCUCUCCGGAAGUGCCUUGCACAAAUAGGCGCUUAAUAAAUAUUUGUUGAAUGAAUGUGUGCGUGAGGUCAGGCCACGAAGUGCAGCAUGGUGACACACUCCCUCCUUGCCUGCUACCUGGGUCUGAAGAGGGGACUAGCCCCUUCCCAAACCAGCCUUUCCCUCUUGUCUGAGGCCCUUGCUGGCGCCAGAGCCCCUGCCCCCUGCAGAUAACCUUGAAGGACUCACAGCCUGCCCAGGGGCAGCCAGCCUGGCUCUCAGCUCCAGCUGCACAGCGUCUUCAGGCAGUAGGCCAGGCUGCAGAGGGGAAGGGCUCCCUCCUGCUGGCCAGGAAGGGACUGACCCUUGCCCCUGGGCCAAUUGGCUGUGCAGCCACUGCUCCCUCAGGAACAAUGCAGGGGAUGGAGGUGGGUCUUAGGACCUGACCUCUGAAUCCUAAAGUUAUAGGAUGACCAUUGCAACUUCAAGGAAAGGGAUCAUGUGGAGGAAAUGGUCACCGGGACUGCUUGGGGUGGGGGGAUCCCACCAAAGAUGACAGGGGCGUUCUUGGUUCUAGGUGAACAACGUCACUUCCGGACACUAGCCAAUGAAUGGGCGGGCAUUGGUCCUGGGUUUCCCCAGCCAGCAGUGGCUGGCAAGCCAUUGGCAGAGGGACAGGGUGUAGGGAGCUUGGGCUAGGCUUCACGGAGGGGUCCCUUCUGGAGGAGAUGGGGUUCAGAUCCCCUCACACUACAGACCGGUAGGGAGCAGUGGUCCAGGCGUCAGGAAACCUGCUGGCUCUGUCACUCUGGGCAAACUUCCUCGUGGGCCUGGGCCUCCUCCCCAGUAGGGAGGUGGGAUGGCUUUGGCAAUGGAGACCCUCCCACUGUGGCUCCAGGAGGGAGGCUGCAGGAGUAACAAGAUCCGUUUUCAUUCAUCGCAUCAACAAGUGUUUAUGUGCCUGACUGGGGCUGGAUACUGUGGGUGUUCUGCUCUCCUGGAUAGAUGCCAACUAAUCACAGCACAGCACAGGAGCCACCGGGAUGCCCGGGAAGAGAGUGGAGUCAAGUGGGGGCUCCAACCACAGACACUGCCCGGGCUGGAGCUGCUGACCCGAGGUGUUCGCAAGGAAGGACUCAGUGUUUGAGAAGUCACUGAAUACAUGACAAUGGGGCUAUACAUGCUUCUCUUCCAUGCAGAAUCAAAAAGUAGAAAGAUUAUCUUUGAGCCUAAAUAGCGAGCUGGUUGUAAAACAGGUCACAUUCUCUUGUCCCAGAUGUCUUCCCGAGUGUGCCCCUGGGGAUCCUGGUAGGUAGAGGGGUGAGCACACCCUUUUCUUGGCUCCUUCCAUCUGCAGACAGGAGGCAGCAUUGGGGGAGCGUGGGGGGGAUGGGGUUGGGUGGCAUUGUGCUUGUGUUCUCAGCCACGGUGGCAGCGAGGGGACGCUUUGACACUGAGUAGGCGAGGGCUUGAGCCUCCUGUGACUCGGACCCUGGCAUGUUCCAUUACACCGGACUCAGGCCAGUGAGUUUGAGUCCUGGGCCCCUGUAAUGGGAUGAGGACCCUGCCCUGCCCAAUUGGGGAGGUGCUCUCAUGGCUGGAUCGCCCCUCACCAGGGACUGGGCUCUAUUUUCUUGUAACUCUGAGCAAGGCCACAGUGCCCCUCCCUCGUGGACAGCAGCCUGCGCUCUUACCUGUAGUGUCUGGGCCACUGAGGGACCCUGGAGAACAGCUAGCACCAGGCUGGACAGACAGGAAAGCUCAAGUGCAGCCAGUUUGUCCAUUCCAUGGCAGAGAGGUGUUCUGGGACCCACCAACCCUGAGAAAUGUACCUUCCCCCUAGCCACUCCCAUUCCCACUGCCCUAAGCAGCAGCUCCCUGGGCAUGAGGGGCCCUGACUGGCAGGGGCCUCUUCACAGGAAGUGGGAAGGGCACCUGCAGACAGGUGAUGGCAGCCAGGAGUCCUGCAGCCCCACGGCCAUGGGGUGGGGAGGGUAGGCAGAGGAUGGCGUGUCUACAGGGAGCACCUGAGAGCUUGCCUCUGGCCCCGCUUGCCCCUCCACAACGCCCCAUGUCUCAACCCAGCUCCAUACCCACCCUCGGUGGAGCUGGAAAAUUGAGAGCCACAGGGUGUGAGGGCAUCAAGGGGCCGAGAGCACCAUGUGCCCCAGGACCAACUUUCCCUCAACUUAGCCACCAACCUGCAAGUUGCUAAGGACCUGGAUCACCACUCACCUUGCCUGCUCACAUUGGGGCCCGUGGAGUCCCAAAAGGCUACCAUGAAAUCAUCUGUCUGUCAAGUCAUCUCCACACCUUGCCACCCCUUUGGUGAAGACCUUCAGUUCACUUUGACGUUGCCAUUGGCUCUUUCCAUUAAACACGCACUGAGACACAAGUAGGCGAGUCCUGAGGUUGCUGCUGCUCCGGCAGCACUGCAGGCGACAGUGGCCUGGGCUCCCUGUGAAGACGUCAGGAGAUGGAAAAGGCCGGACUUUGUCUCCUCUUUGCCUGCUGUUAGCCUAACCAUGAAAGUAUCUCUUUAUACAGAAUACUUAACAGAUUCUAAUAUAUAUUUGUAUUUCAUUUUGUUAUAGUAUUUUUAUAUGUUAAAGUCAACAUCCAGUGUCUUGUUUGAUUUUCAGAUGCUCUGUGGUUGUGAUAUUCUGUUUGGGGGUUUCUGUAGCCUUGUUUGGGUCACUCUUUAGAGAGACUGGUUUAGAACAGGCCCGUGAGGGAGCCACACUUGCCCUUUGCCUAGAAGUGUUGUUUUAGAACAUGUUGGAUAUUGUCUGUUGUCUUCCAUGUGAACAUGACAUCGAUUC